AUGGCAAGGCAUCGAAAAUACAUGGGCAAGAUUACAGAGGCGCGUUUUCCAAAAGGAAAGUCCCAUAUGCCCCUGGAACCACAUCAAUAUAUCAUUUUUCUAAGGUGGAUUUCUAACUUUUUCGUGUGGAUUGCAAUUCAGAAGGCUAUGCCGCCCAAAAAUGAAGAGGGACCACUGUUUGACCAAGAACAUUCAACAGGCUUGACGGAUCAACUACAAGAAAAAAUCUCGAGUAAAUGCAAAACUUAUCACUUGCAACUGAACAAUUUGCAUGAAAGGAUAUAUCGGUAUGAAACAUUUAAGGUUCUAGUUGGCUUUCUCGAGAAUACACUGUUGGCUCAUAUACCUUAUAUAGAUUUCCCUACAAACGAAAUACUAGAUAUGGUUCUGACAGCUACCCAGUUAAACCAAGUCUCGGAGAGGCCCUCUGACUCUAUUGUUUGUUUAGCUGCCCCAUGCAUUAGAUACCUAAGCAGCCUAUUGAGGGUAUUCGAAUACUCUCCUGUUCUUAGGGACAAGGAGGAAAAACUUAUAUUCAAAAAGGAACUUGACACUCUAUAUCAAAAGCUACGAGCCCUUUUCUCGUUUCUUAUCCCUGAUGACUCUAGGAGGCGAAAAAGAAAGAAGCACUCAACAGUUCAGUCUUAUUUGUUAGCCAGAAAUUUAUCAGAUGGCUUCUCUGCAGCGGAUAAGCCAGAAAAUGUGGAAGGGAAACUUAUAUUAAACAAAAUUGACUCUGUUUUUGAAUUAUCUACUAAUUCGGACAAGUUUAACAAACUGGAUACGUUUUUUGGGGUACAAUAUUUGAAGGAAAUAAAGUAUAGUUUUUGGGAUUCCUUUAUAUUCGCUUUUGAAACGGCCAGUAAACUAACAUGCAUUCAGAACCCCGAAAUAUAUGAGAUUUACUAUGAAACUUGGUCUCGCUGGCGUGAACUACACAAAUUGUUAAUCGGAUUUAUGACUUUGGAGAUUAAACGAGAACAGAAACUAUUUAAUACGCUACUAUGUUCAAAUUUGAUGAGAAUCACACACGUGACAGAUCCAGGCAUGUUUACCGAUGAUCAGUAUGAAGACUCAUUAUUAACUAGUAUCAGGUAUGUUUUUGCAAGCUCCAAGGAUCCCAUUUUGAGUGGUCCUAUUUUGUCAAUAGAUUUAACAAAGAGUAAAACUUUCGCAUCGAUUCCCUUAACCAUUGAAUCUAAGUAUACUGGAUCUGGAAUAGGAAUAGAGUCAUUACCAACAAGAUCUGAGCUAUUGAAUUUGAUCUGGAGACACAUAGCUGCACUACCCGUUAGUGAAGAAACAAAAGAGUCUUUUGUCGAUAAUGUUGCAACUGAAUUAAUGAAACUAACUCCAAGGGAAAACUUUGUAUUUUUUUCAAGUCGUUUGAGUACCUUGAUUGAGGAUACCACCGAGGACCUGAAUUUCUUGGUUUCAUUUAAAAUGAUGAAUCUUAUUUCCAGAGAUUGGUCUUACACAGCAUAUAAUUUUCUCGAAAACUUCUCCAGUUACAUUAAACAUAUAGGUACAUUUAUUAGUCAGCUUGCUGAACAGGAUCAUCAGCGACCCCUUUCACAAAGCGCAUCAGAUAUCCUGACUAUAACUGGUUGCAAUAACAGCGAGUUUAAUUUAUUUUUUGUCCUAGCUAAUUAUCAACUUCUUUAUAUUUCACGAACAGUCAAGUUUUCUGCAGAAGAAUGGAAGUUAUUAGAGGGAAUUAAUCUGCUGAAACGUACAGUCCACUUAAAUUUAGCCGAUUUGCUAAAAGAUAAACUAUAG